AUGUACGAGGUGCCGAAGAGGAGAUAUGCCGCGAUAGUCUUCUUUGUCGCCAUCUUUGUGAUUACCUUUGGAAUAUAUACCGACUCAUUGCCGACGAUCCCGAAUUUGAGCAUCAUCAAAAACAUCCCGGGCCAGCUGGGGUCCUAUACAGGUGAAUAUGAAGAAGAGGUCCCGCAGAAGAAUGUCUCCAUUUUCGCGUUUAUCAUGACCUUUCCGGAUAAGCACACCACGAGGGCAAAAGCCGUGUCGGAGACCUGGGCCCGAAAACUCGACGACUACGUUUUCACAACAAUCAAAUCGGACGCCAACCUAACCCAUAAAAACUGGGAGAUCGGCUUCGAAGACGCGAAUCACAAGCGAACGGAUCGACAUUGGUUGUGGGACCGGAUACGGGCCGGGUUCAGGAGGAUGUACAAGGAGAAAUGGGGUCAAUAUGAUUGGUAUAUGAAGGCGGAUGACGAUUGUUAUUAUGUGAUGGAAAAUGUGAGAGAGCUUCUGGCCCAAUACAACCCUGAAGAGCCAUGGUAUCUGGGCGAGACCGUAAGCGCCGGCUCCUUUUACCCCAGCGGUGGCACUGGAUAUAUUUUAUCAAAAGCAGCCCUCAAAAAGUUUGUCGACGAGCUGAACUCGCCGAACACGCACUGCCAACGGAAUUCAGACCAAAUGGAAGACAUCCAUGUUGGCCACUGCUUCACACAUUUAAACCUGUCCUUGAUACCCUCGGUCAAUGAGAAGCAGGAGCAUACGCUAAUCCCCAUCAAUCUGAAAAAUAUCAUGAUCGUCGAGGAGAAGCGGAACAACUUUGCGAAUUGGUACAUCUCGGCGUCAAAGAUUCCGGUGAAACAGGGCCCGGAAUGCUGCGGUCCGAAGUUGAUGGCCGUGCACUAUACAACACCCCCGUUCGAGGUCAUUCCAAGGGCUGGCAGCGAUCCCGGAAUUUCUGCAAUAAAUUCCUGGGUG